AUUCAUUACUCAUUACUCUCUUACUUUUUUGCUCCUUACUUUUUAGACAUAUAGCUACAGCAGCCUUAAAAAAGGUUUUCCUUUUCUAUCAAGGAUCAAACCAAACCAAAAGUUGAAAUUAUUUCUAAUCUAUUACCUCAUAAUCAGAUUGAUAUACGAAAACUUUUGCGCACCAAACAAUGAUCAAGAUAAAUCGGUGUGCAGAAUUUUCUACUUAACCAAAUUUACUGAAAAUCUGAGCUCUACUGUAGCUAACCAUAGUGCACCCAUCCCAAUGUUCAGCCUUCUAAUCGCCACCAUUUUCUGCAUUCAGUUACCAGACGCACAUUGGCACACCCAAUAAAGCCAGCCCAUUAAUGCAGCGGUUUUACAUUUACUUACAACCUACAACAAACUGAUUCAUGAGCAUAACAACAACAACAACAACAACAACAACAACCCAUUACACAUAUACACCAAACAAAAGACCACCCCAUUUAUCUAUCUACACAUAAAAGACUCUCUCAACCAUACAAAGUUUGUGUAUCUGUUCCAGUAUUCCUUCGUGCAUCACCAAAGAUGAGAGCAGCAGCAGCAGCAGCAGCAGUAGCAGCAGAAGAGGAAGAGGAAGAAGAAGAAGAAGAAACACCCUCAUUUGUCGCAAAAGCAUUGCAUCUGAUCACUUCAGUGAUCUCUUCCUCCUACUCCAUCAGAUCCUUCCCCGCCAAAUGGCGGUCCAUUCGCGAAAAUCUCGAGCGCCUCCACUCCGAUCUCUCCGCCGCCGCAGUCUCCGCCAAUCGGCGGAGUCCGGAGCUCUCCGAGCUGUUGCAGGCCAUUGCGUCCACUGCGGAGGAGACCCACCGCAUCGCCCUCCGCUGCGCCGACGAGUCCUACGGCGGCGGGAGGCUACUGCUGCAGAGCGACCUCGACGCCGCCUCUGCGAAGCUCGGAGCCCACAUCAAACACCUUGCGGAGGCGUACUCACAGGGCGCUCUCGCGCACUGUACUGCCAUUGUUGUGCCCAAGCCCGGCCCCGGCGCGAGCCGAGAGGACGCGAGGUUCUAUACAAGGGAUCUGCUAUCGCGGGCGAGGGUCGGAGAUUUCGAAAUGAAGAUCGAGGCGUUGAAAUCGCUUAAUGGCGUUCUCAGUGAGGACGAUAGGUAUGUGAAGAUCUUGGCGACGGAGGAAGACCACGGCGGUGUCGGGUUCCUGGUGAGCCUUUUGGAAAAUGGCCACGCAGGUGUUCGAGAAAAUGCCUUAGAGGCGAUUUGUAUAGUCUCCGGCUUCGAUUCCUACAGAGGAGAGGUUGUGAUCGCCGGGGCUAUAGCCCCGGUCAUUCAGAUACUUGAGACCGGGAGCGGGCUCGCGAAAGAAGCUGCGGCGCGCGCUCUGAAGAAGCUCACAGAGAACUCCGACAAUGCCUGGUCAGUGUGCGCCCACGGAGGCGUCACAGCGCUUCUUAAAGUCUGCGGCGAUGUUAACAGCGGCUCGGAAUUGGUUUGCUCGGCAUGUAGCGUUCUGAAGAGCCUGAGCGCAGUUGAGGAGAUCAAGCGGUUCAUGUUAGAAGACGGAGCAAUCCCCAUCUUCGUAAAUCUCUUGAAUUCAACCCAGGAGGUGAUUCAGAUACAAGCAAUUGAAUUCCUCGCCGCCAUUUUCUCCUCGGAGCAUUUAGUCGAACGCAGAAUGAGUAAAGAAGAAGUAGUCGAAUUGCUCCUUCGGUUCUUGGACCCAAACUCUCCUCACUCAUCCAAGUCAAGAGAGGUCGCUCUCCGGGCUAUUGAAGCCCUCUCCUUCUCUUCUACAAGCUCGACGAACCGUUUGAUCGCCUCUGGAUUCCUAAACCAGGUCCUCUUCUUCAUAAAGAACGGCGAGAUCUCGAUCCAGCAAUCCGCACUGAAGGCCUCGUGCCGCUUGUGCGGACUCUCCGCUGAGGCCAAGAAGGCCAUGGGCGACGCCGGCUUCAUGCCUGAGCUCGUGCGGAUGAUCGACGUCUCGUCCUCUCACGUUCGCGAAAUGGCGGCCGAGGCGCUCUGCAGCAUUAUCUCAGUGCAGAGAAACCGGCGCAGGUUUAUUCAGGACGAGCAUAACGUGAGCCGGAUUCUGCAGCUGCUAAAACCGGAAGAAGAGAAGUCGGUGACGAAGAAGUUCUUGCUCUCGGUCUUAAUGUACAUAACCGACAGCAAUAGCGGGCGGAGGAAGAUCAUGUCUUCGGAUUAUGUCAAGCACCUGGAGAAGCUCGCUGAGUUCAAUGUGUCAGAUGCGAAGAAGAUCGUUAAGAAGCUCGCGGGCGGUCGAAUUCGGAGCAUGUUCAAUGGAAUUUGGAGUUAAAAUUGAGUGAGUUUUCUAAUCAAUUCUACCCUCUAACACUUUUGUCACUUAAUUCGCCUACCCCAUGCAUGAGUAGACAAGCUUUUGUUGAGAUUCCAUGUCUUUGGAAAUCUUCAGAGGCUGCAGAGGACUAGCAAAGAAAUAUUUCCAACAUUCACUGUGUAAAUUGCUCGUAAUAUGUAAUAAGUUGGUAAAGAAUGUUAAAUAGAAGUGGUUGAGGUUCUUUAUAUUUGUUA